AUAGUCUCUCUGAGUUGGAGGUGCUCUGUCACAGUCCCACACACCUCCUCCGCCUGCCGACAAGCCUGCCUCCGUCAUGCCCGGCAGCCAGGCUCGGAACCGGGUCAGAGACCGGAACAACGUCCAGAACCGCCCCGAGUUUCUCUCUCUGAACCAGCCGCCACGCAGGGAGCAUGCUGCGGGGGAGGGACGGGGGGCCGGUGGUCCGAGGAGACCCGUGUUCAGACAGCAGAGUCAGCAGGAGGACGCAGGAGGGAGGGGGCCCAAGGAGUCCUCUGAAGGGGGUCCUGCUGCAGACGGGGGACCAAAGGAUGCGUCCCGUUGGCCAGAGCAGGACUGCAUGCAGCUUAACCCCACUUUCAGAGGCAUCGCCAUCAACUCUCUGCUCGCCAUAGACAUUAGCCUGUCCAAGCGUCUUGGCAUGUGCGUGGGGGCCCACAGCCCUGGGGCCCCGCUGCGCUCCAUGGUGAACCUGCUGGCCUUCACAGGACACGCCUUCCCCUGGAUGUGUGGGACGUUGCUCUGCCUGUGGAGGAGCAACACCUUAGCUGGACAGGAAGUCCUUGUUAAUCUGCUGCUAGCCCUGUGCUUGGACCUGAUGACAGUAGCUGGAAUGCAGAAGCUGGUGAAGCGGAAGGGCCCGUGGGAUUACCCUCCAGGACUUUUGGACUACUUAGCUAUGGAUAUUUAUUCUUUUCCAGCGGCCCAUGCCAGCAGAGCUGUCAUGGUCUGCAAGUUCCUCCUUAAUCACCUCGUCUUGGCGGUGCCAUUGAGGAUCCUUCUCUACCUGUGGGCUUUCCUGGUGGGUGUGUCCCGGGUGCUUCUGGGUAAACACCACCUUUCGGACGUAGGUUGUGGAUUCGCUCUGGGAUUCCUGCACUUCAGUCUGGUGGAGUCAGUCUGGCUGGAUUCCGCUACCUGUCAAACUCUCAUCUCCUUUGGCACGUUUCGCUGGACUCCACUGGUUUAGAACCAGUUCAGUCAGGAGUGAGACUGCUGCAGACUGUUAUGGUUCAGUUCAAACUGGACUUUUGGAUCCUUCAGCCUGCCAGACCGUCACCAUUGUCACGUUGCUCCACUGGAUGCAACAGACGCAGACUGAGCGGAAAUGUGUCGGAAUGGUUUUCACAGAUCUCUCUGAGACUGGAGUGAACGGGUGAGGUCCGUGUUUGGGCAGGUUUGGACUUGUGUAUGAUGGUUUCAUGAUGGUUUUGGAACGUCUGGUCUGUAUGGGUUCACUUUUACACACUACCUGGGGGAUUGACUGUGGUGUCAGAGAUCCUUUAUGAGUUUUGUGGCAAUAAACACAUUUUUAGCUUCAGCCUUUGGUUGGUUUAGAUUGAUGACGUUUUAGGAGGAUUUUUUAGGUUGGACCACCUGUUUCACUUUAUUGUUAACUUGUGAGUGAGAAAGCUAAGCUACUGUGUUGGGAGGGGAUGUUUACAGGUGGAGAAAACAGCAGGUUUGACUCUUUAAAGUAUCGUCUAAUAUUUUUCUAUAAGAGUAGACAAAUAGAUUCAUAAUAACAUAAUUUUUGACAAGUUAAACUUUAUAAUUACGUCUGACCUCUCGUAGGUCCCGCCUCCUUUAAAUGUCAAUAAUAAUGUCAGCAAAAUAAAACUAUGGAAGAAAAUGUUCUUUUAUUGAAAGAAAAAGAAUAUUAAAACAAUUGUAUGAACAGUGGUCAUGGAAAUUGUUUUUAAAUGAAGCGUGAACUAAAAGGGUUAAGUUUCACUGUUGUUUGAUAUAAAUGUGGUUUCAUAAUAAUAA